AUGUGGACUACAACAUCCGGCCUGAGGGGCCGCAGCCUUCAUUGGGGUAUUACCUUCAUUUCCGUUAUGGGUUUCUCUCUGUUCGGUUACGAUCAGGGUCUGAUGUCUGGUAUCAUUGGUGGUUCCGAAUUCACCAAGGAGUACCCCAUUCUCGCCGAUGCCGCGUCUAUGCACGUGCAGGUCCUGCGUGGUGGUGUCGUCUCUUGUUACGAGAUUGGAUGUUUCUUCGGUGCUAUCUUCACGCUCUGCUUCGGUGAGCGUAUCGGCCGUACCCCUCUGCUUGUCGGUGGUGGUAUUCUCAUGGUUAUCGGUACUAUUAUCUCUGUCGUUACUUACAGCGACAAAUGGGGUUUGGGCCAGCUUGUCAUCGGUCGUGUUAUUUCAGGUCUUGGAAACGGUAUUGACACCGCUACCAUUCCCGUUUGGCAGUCUGAGUGUUCCAAGGCCCACAACCGUGGUUUCCUUGUUUGCUUCGAGGGUGCCAUUAUCGCUGUUGGUACUCUGAUCGCCUACUGGCUCGACUUCGGAAUGUCCUAUGUCAACAACUCCGCCCAAUGGCGUUUUCCUAUCGCCUUCCAGAUCAUCUUCGCCAUCAUUGUCUCUAUUGGUGGUCUUAUGCUCCCCGAGUCUCCUCGUUGGUUCAUCAUCAAGGGUCAUGAGAAGGAGGCCUGCGAAGUGCUUGCUGCCCUGAACGGCACCACCCCCGACUCCGAGGAAGUCCUCACCGAUAUUAACCUGAUGAAGGCCGAUCUUCAGGCUGUGGAGGGUGCCCGGGCCAACUGGAAGACCCUGUUCACCUUCGGCAAGACCCAAGAAUUCCAGCGCAUGAUGAUUGGUUGCUCUGGCCAGUUCUUCCAGCAAUUCACUGGUUGCAAUGCUGCUAUCUACUACUCUACUGUCCUUUUCCAGGACAGCUUGGGUCUGUCUGCCCGUAUGGCCUUGGUUCUCGGUGGUGUCUUCUCCACCGUCUACGCCCUUGCUACUAUCCCCUCGUUCUUCAUGGUUGAGAACGUUGGUCGUCGCAACUUGUACCUCAUCGGUUUCGCCGGUCAGGGUAGUUCUUUCAUCAUUGCCAUGGCUUGCCUGGCUGCUGGUGGCACAGAGAACACCAAGGGUGCCAUCGUUGGUCUCUUCCUGUUCAUCGUUUUCUUCGCCUUUACUACGCUCCCUCUGCCCUGGAUCUACCCUCCCGAGAUCAACCCCCUCCGCACCCGUACCAUGGCUUGCUCUGCUUCCACUUGCACCAACUGGAUUUGCAACUUCGCCGUCGUCAUGUUCACUCCCGCCUUCUCCAACGCCUCUCCCUGGGGUCUGUACCUGUUCUUCGCCGCAGUCAACUUUUCUGCCCUUCCCUUCGCCUACUUCUUCUACCCCGAGACUGCUGGUCGUGAUCUUGAGGAGAUUGAUAUCAUCUUCGCCAAGGCCCACAUUGAGGGCAAGUGGCCUUUCCAGGUCGCCGCUGAGCUGCCUAAGCUCACUGUCGCUCAAAUCGUUGAGAUGCAGCGCGAGCUUGGCCUCGACAUCCCCGACCACAACGUCAUCCAGGAGUCUGAGAAGGCUGAGAUGGCUGUGAGCUCCGGAGAGAGCGAGGAGAAGACCAACAACUCUGACUAA